CAUUUAGAAAUAUGAUAUGAGUUAUGGGAUCCUCAACACUGUAUCCUCCUCCUUCUGCAUUCAUGAAUGGACAAUUGAGUAACCGAGCAUCUGCAAUACUGAAUGCAGCGAACCCAAGUUGUAACUCGCUGAAUCUACUGGAGUUGGAUGAACUGCUUGGCUGGGCUGAAAGUGCAAAGUCCACCCCACACCAAUCAGCUGCAUUAGACGAACUUGACAAGUUGCUUGGGGAAUUCAACAUUGAAACAGUGGAUAGACUUGAAAAAAGGAUAGCAGAGGUCAGACCACAACUCAACAGAGCAUCCAGUUUUCAUACUUCAGAGGGAGACAUAAGGUCUCAUGUACAGAAUAAAGUUCCAAUGACUUUGGAGAGUAGAGUGUUCAGUGAGCCUAGAUUUGAGACUUGUAACCCUGAGCCUGAUCUAACACCCGUAAGACCAAUGUCUCCCCCUCUCAACAACACCAACAACACCAGCACUCCAAUGGAUGAUAUCCUCAAGAAAGAAUAUCCACCUGAGAUACUACACAACUUCUUUGGUAGGAGGAAUAUAACAGAUACUCAGAGUGAAAUGUCAUCGGUUGUUCCCCGGAACACACUCUCUCACACUCCUUCAGUAUGUAGCUCUGUGUCAAGAUAUUCACAAUCGUUCAGCUCUUCUGAGAAAGCCAGUAACUACACCAUGUUUUCUCUCCCGCAUCGCAGGGAGGUAUAUAAUCAGGUACCUUCUAUGGGUACUAUAAACCCUAAAUUUAGCACUUUGUUAAGUCAGAAUACACGGUAUGACCUGAACACUCUGAGCAGUAAUGCGAGCAAGAGAAAUAAUACAGGGACUCUCAAGAGCAAUGCUAGUACGUUGAGAGCAAAUGGUCAUGGUGGUCAGCCUUUGAAGGCUACACGUAAAAAGAGGAGGUGUAAAUUUUUACUUUGUACACCUGUAUAAUAUAGUAUAGUAUAGUUCUAUGUUUACACUUUUACAGUUCUACAGUACACUACAAGGUUUCAGGAAGUAUAAGUCUAUUUGAGCAAACUUGUAAAUUAGUCUGAGUGUGAGACAGAGCCUGUUUUUCCUGGAAUGUGGUGGUUGAGGUUGCAAAAGAUGCUUAAUUAAAUUUGAUAAAUCAGUUGGUGUUUCAUAUUGUCUGACAAGAAAUGUAUGUGUUAUUUAUUUGAAAAGUUUCUCAAGUUUUGUUUGAAAUCCUUGUGCGGCUGGACCAAUUCUGUUGCAACCAAUCGUGUUGCUAUUAACAUAAUGUUAGAGCAAACAGACAGAGAGAAACCCUGCAAUUCUUGGUUACUUGAACAAAAUUGGAGAAAUGUCACGUGUUUGCAAAAUAAUUUAUAAGUUGUUGGUUGAUUUUAUCAGAUUGUCGCACAGAGCAUGGGCAAAUAUUUUAUUUUUGUACUCGUUUUUUGUUUUAUUAAACAUAAUAAUAUAAACUUUCAGAUUUAUUUUGACUCAUUCCUGAUUACCUAGCACAAACUAAUUUUGAUUUGCUACCCUGCAACACACAAGUACGAUAUGUUAUAAAUUAUAUGAGGUGACAAUGUCACGAUUUUGUGGAGACUUAGUUUGAAAUAAUUCAGAUCUUGGGUUCAGAUAACAAGGUUCUGUUUAUAGAAAAUACCUUAAAUCUAACGUAAUACUUACUUUCAAGUGAAACAUGGUGUAACUUGACAGCUACGAAUUAUUUGUUGUUUAAUUUUUACAGGGAUUUAUAUAAAAUUAGAACCAGAGCAUAGAAAAUUAGAAACGUUUAUUUUGAGUAUCACAGUGUAUAAUUGUACAACGCUUUUCGAUAUUGACUAACUUUAUUGAUACCAUAUCACAUUACAUGUAACCUUAAUUUUAUUAAAAUAUGUUACAUUGUUUUAAAUAAACUUUCAUUUAAUUAACUUACCAACCUAUUUUUAAAGUUCUCAAAGUAAGCUGGACCUUACGUUACAGUACAUUGCAACAUAUUCGAAUAACUCUAAUUAUCAAGUAGAUUAAACUAAUUAGUAUGAACUAUGAAGAUUUAUUUAAUGAGAUAUAUUAUGUUAUAUAAUAAUAAUUGCAAAUAAACACAAACGUGCUUACUUUUCAUAGUAAAACUUAUUAUUUAUAUGUUCGAUUUGUUACCGUAAUUUUCGUGAUAACUUUAA